AUGCGCCCUUGGGUCCUCUGCUUCAUCCUUUUCCCCUACUCCUUGCCCCAUUAUGAUAGCUGGAUGCCCCUCAUUAACCUCACUCACCACUUCCUACGUGAUACCAACUCUUCCUUUUCCUCCAACUGUUGGGUGUGCUUGUCCACCCAAACCCAAAGGUCCCUUGCAGUCCCAGCCCCUCUAUCCACUUGGACAGACUCACCCAUGAAACUUCACCUUACCUACUCAGCCAAGUCUCUGCCCGGCCCCUUUCCCAUUACUGACAUCGAGAGGCGCCUCCGCCUCUUCCACCCAUUGGCUGCUUCCUAUUCCUUCCGCAACCCUGAACGUCGGGCCAUUGCUUUUCUUCAACUUGUCAGCUCAACAGGCAUAUUUCCAAUAAUCACCCGGCUCACCUCUGUGAUCUAUCCCAAGAAUGACCGCUUCUUUGAAUCUGCCCAACGCCCUUUAUGGGGUCCACUCUUCACUGAGACUCUUCUCACCUCACAGGCCCCUCUCUGCAUAGCCCGUUUCUUCAAGGUCCCAGCCUAUGCCACCUUUGUGGGCACCAUCUCUGACUCUCUCUGUAACUACACCCUUCAUCUCUCACCCUCUACUGAUCACCACAACCUAGAUCUGUCCACCACCCAUCCGUUCACGCAGGCAUUGAAAAGACCAGAUGCCAGAUGGAAUAAUCCCCUCCGCUUUUCAGGACACCCGUCCCUCAUCCCCUCAGAACCUUCUUACUAUCCCUGCCCCACAGACAACAAACACUGCCAUUCCUCCCCCGCCACUCCCUGGAUGCGCUGCUCUUAUUCUUCCUCUGGAACCUGCUAUAAUCUUACCCUAUUUGAACUGGACAGUUUAACCCAUCUCAUUACCAUGUCUUUGGACCCCAUCCACUUCAAGGUUAAGCUCCAAGGACACAAGGACCCCUAUCCACUCUUCCACUAUCAGCCCCUCACUGGUGCUGCCCUGUCUGGAGAAUAUUCAGUCUGGGAAAAUGAGGUCACUGUCCAAGAAAACUGGGACGUCACCCCAAACAUAUUCUCACAUCUCCUUACUUUUUCGUACUCCUUCUGUCUCAACGCCUCAGGAGUUUUCUUUCUCUGUGGAACAUCCACAUAUGUCUGUCUCCCAGCCAAUUGGUCUGGUGUCUGUACCCUUGUUUACCAAUACCCAAACAUUGAGCUCCUUCCCAAUAACCAAACAGUAACUGUCCCCCUUUUUGUUUCAAUUCCUUCCUCAGCCUCUACUUCUCUCUCGAAGAGAUCCGCUCACUUGCUCCCGUUCCUCGCUGGCCUGGGUAUCUCUUCCGCCCUUGGGACGGGCAUAGCUGGAAUCGCUUCCUCAACUUUCUAUUUCCAACUUCUUUCUAAGGCUCUUUCAGAUACCCUAGAGGAAAUAGCUGCCUCAAUCACAACCCUCCAGAACCAAAUAGACUCACUUGCAGGUGUGGUUCUCCAAAAUCGCAGAGCUCUGGACCUCAUCACUGCUGAGAAAGGGGGUACCUGUCUUUUCCUCCAGGAGGAGUGCUGCUUCUAUGUAAACCAGUCUGGAGUAGUCCGAGAUGCAGCAAAGAAACUCCGAGACCGAGCAUCCCAACUCCGCCAACAGUCUGACUCUUGGAGACAGUGGCCAGACCCAGGAAGCUGGCUGCCCUGGCUGGCUCCAUUCCUCGGACCUCUUGUCUUUAUCGUCCUACUACUGAUCUUCGGAUCCUGUGUUCUUAACUGCCUAACCCGUUUUGUAUCCCGGAGACUGAACCCCUUUAUCCAGGACAUUGCCAAAAGGCACGUGAACAGCAUCCUUCUCCAAAAUUCCCAAUACAAAAGACUUCCCCAAGAUGCCCCAGAUGAGGAUACCAUUCCUGUCUAAGAGGAAGAAG